AUGGCCCGAGUGCUCGUCAUACUCUCUACCGUGGCCACACUGGCAGUCGCACUUGUGGGAGCGUUCGUUGAAGAAUGUGUUCACUCAGGCGGUCUUUUCAUCCUCUGCGUGGACUAUUUUGCAGCGGCGAUGUGGUAUUGGUGGCUCGAGACCGAAGGUCAGGCAAACUUCAGACGAGUCUCAUAUUGUUUAGCAGUUCUGACUCUGAUAUUACUGGUCAUUGCGAUUAUCGGUAUUCUGCGGGUAUCGUGGAUCAUCGCACUUGAGGUAAAUUCGCUGGUCCCUGCAGAUGGCUGUAAAGCUGACAAGAGAUAG